AUGACAGUAAAGAGAAGAUCCGAAAAGGUCGAAGCUCUGAGUCUGGAGGAAGUCGAACAAGAAAGACCAGGAAAAUCAACUGUUUUCUCAAAAGUUUUGCUCAAGACAAGACAAAUCUCGCGGAAACUAGAUUCAUUGGGCGUUGAGGUUCGUGGUAUCCAAAGAAUCCCGCCAUAUGAAAGAGGAACUUCCAAACAGUUUCUGAGCGUUGCUGGUCUCUGGUUGAGCGCCGCAGGCGGUCUAUCGUCUAUGUCGUCUUAUUUCCUGGGCCCACUGCUGUUCGAGUUGACUUUCCGCCAAUCUCUAGUCAGUGGUCUUAUUUCGAUGGCCAUAGGAUGCGGAGUAGCAGCGUACUGCUCAAUCAUGGGGCCACAAUCAGGCUGCAGACAAAUGGUCACAGCGCGCUAUCUUUUCGGCUGGUAUUUUGUCAAGUUUGUGGCCUUGGUGUCGAUCAUUGGUGUUAUGGGCUGGAGUAUUGUGAACUGCGUGGUGGGCGGAGAAAUGCUUGCAGCGGUUUCCGAUGGCAAAAUCCCGGUUUGGGUUGGAAUUGUGAUUGUGACUGCGCUUUCGUUCUUGGUGGCCAUUUUCGGUAUCAAGCAAGUGUUGAAAGUGGAAACGUUUUUGUCUGUGCCCGUGCUUACGUGUUUCCUUUUACUGUACAUCUCUUCCAGCGACAAAUACAAUCUUUUGGACACUUUCAAGAACGACGACGUGAGUCCGCUGACUAUAAAGGGCAACUGGUUGUCCUUUUUCUCGCUUUGCUACAGUAUCACUUCUACUUGGGGCUCAAUCACCUCUGACUAUUACAUAUUGUUUCCAGAGGACACCGACACUUACAAGGUUUUUCUUCUGACGUUUUUCGGCACGCUGCUUCCAACAACAUUUGUUGGGGUCCUAGGUCUAAUCCUGGCGUCGUGCGCGAUGUCGUAUGCGCCGUGGGCGACUGCCUACAAGACUUAUGGGAUGGGAGGUCUUUUGCUUGCGGGAUUUGAACGUUGGAAUGGGUUUGGCAAAUUCUGCGUGGUGGUUUUGCUUCUCAGUUUGAUCUCGAACAACAUCAUCAACACGUACUCGGCUGCAUUCUCGCUGCAACUGUCAAGCAUCCAUAUGGCUCGGGUUCCGCGUUGGAUAUGGGCCAUAGCAUGCACGAUUUUCUAUUUGGUCUGCGCCUUGGCGGGCAGAAACCAUUUCAGCGACAUUUUGGGCAACUUCCUGCCCAUGGUCGGCUACUGGAUCAGCAUAUACUUCAUCAUUUUGCUGGAAGAGAACCUGAUAUUCCGGGCCCAUUUCUUGGGCCUUUACACCAAAGAGUUCCCAUCACACUUUGAAGAUCCAGACGCCGGUAGUGCGACGCCCCAGAUCAAGCUGCAGGACGUCAAGACCGGUAGAGCACUCCACACGAAAUCACACACUAGUCGUCGUAUUCGUUACAACUGGGAUAUGUGGAACAACCAGGACGUUUUGACGCACGGGUACGCUGCCACGUUUGCGUUUUUGGUGGGUGUAGCUGGUGUUGUUUUGGGGAUGGCUCAGGCCUACUGGAUCGGACCCAUUGCCCGUCAAAUUGGCGAGUAUGGCGGUGAUCUGGGUAUGUGGCUCAGUAUGGGGUUUUCCGGAGUUGUAUACCCGGGCUUGAGAUACCUUGAGCUACGCAAAUACGGCCGUUGA